AUUGAACUUAUCCACCCCAACCAACUCACACACCACUAGUACUCGAAAAGUUGUCGGGGAAUAGGAUUCUGAAUAUCAAUUUUUUAUUAAAGCUACUUUACCUUGAAAAUUCUCAAAAAAUCAAAAGAGACAACAUAUAGAAAGAAGAUGAAGGAUUGGGCAGCUCCGAUCAUAGCAACAGCGCUAUUUGGAUUUCUGUGUCCAGGACUUAUAUUUCAAAUGCCAGGAAAGCAUAGGCCUGUCGAUUUCAUGAACAUGAAGACCAGUAUCGUUUCUAUGUUGCUUCACACUCUCUUCUUUGGUUUGUUUCUUAUGCUUUUACUUGUCAUUCUCAAUAUACAUCUCUAUGCUUAAUUAUACUAUAUUUUCCAUUUAUGAAUGUGCAACAUUUACUUUUCUAUUCUGAAUCCACUACUUCAGUUCUUUCUACUCUAGUUUAAUUUAUAUCACCAGUUUCAGUUU